AUGCGGGUCUUCUGCUUCAGAUUGCAUCAGCUGAAGUUCUUACCGACAGUCUUUAGGUUUCCAAGGUAUUUCUCCGUCUCUCCUCUCAAAAUGGUGCUUGAUCUGGACUUAUACAGGGCUGAUAAAGGUGGUAUCCCGGAAAAAAUCCGAGAAAACCAGAGCAAACGCUACAAGGAUACAACACUAGUCGACCAAAUUGUUGAAGCAGAUACGAAAUGGAGAAAGUGUGAGUUAGGACUACAAUGUAGAACUUAUUUAGUUUGUCUGUGGAUGUUAAUUUACUUACUGAACCAUAUAAUUUUGCCUUUCAUCAGUGAGGUUCUCGGCGGAUAACUGGAACAAAUUAAAGAAUUUAUGCAGUAAACAGAUUGGCGAAAAAAUGAAGGUAUUACUUCGCUCUCUUUUCUAGAACUCAUUCUCCAAAUGGGUUGUAUGGGCUAUCCACGUGUGAAGUUUAAACUGGUCAAUCAAAUAGCAGAUAGUGAUUUCUUCCAUCUUUGACAGUUGAAAGCUUCAAUGGCCUUAUUUGAAACUUGCGUCAUCUCACUAUGAGGAUCAGUGAUUAUUUGUUGGUAGAAUUACAUUCAUCAGCUGUGGCAGCCACACAAAAUAGUUAUUGUUUUUAAUGAGUACAAUCGUACAUGAAGUAGUUUACUAAAUGCAUUUUUUUUCCUUUACAGUGAGAAUGCAUUGUCUUAAUUUUAUCCGUUUUGCCUGUCUCUGAUUAUGUUCAGGUUAAUUUAAUCUUGUUCCAGAAACAUCUCCUGACAUUGCAUUUUUUGUUUCAUGUAAAAUGGUGAAUUGUACUGAUUGUAGGGUGCUAAAUCUGGUAAUAACUAAGUUUGAAAGGAGGUUAUUAUCCAUUUUCUAAAAACGUAUGGGUAUUUCAGUCUUUCUUUCCCAUUUCACAGAUCUUGUAGACUAUUUUUCUUCUAAUAGCUUGGACUCUCUUGUUUAAAGAUUGAACAUGUUAGUUGUUUUGGGGUGAGGGGAGGUGUUUUAGCAGACAAGUAGUUAUCAUUUUCGUUGUUUAUUAUUGUUUGCAGCGUAAAGAACCAGUUGGUGACAGUGAAGAAUUGCCUGAAAAUGUGGUCAAUGGCUUGGAGGAACUUACCCCAGAUAUAUUACAGGUACAGCUCUCAAGGUGCAUGUUGCAUGCUUCAUGUACACUCACGUGAAAAACUGUCUGGGCCAGCAGAAAGGGUGCUAUAAAACUGAUCCCUAGUCUCCCAAGAAAAACAUGUCUUUGGCGCUUACUGCAUGUCUAGCAAUUUAAAUGUCAACAGUCAUGACUGAUACUUUACAGGAUACCGUAAAAUUCCGAAAUAAGCCCGGGGCUCAUAUUCUUCAAAGGCCCUUUUUGAGGGGCUUAUAUUUGGGGGGGCUUAUCUUUGGAGGGAAAUUACUAUUUCAAAAUCGAUUGGGCUAGCCUUAUAGUUGGAUGGAAAUUUACCAUUUUUGCUUUGUUUUACUUUGUAUUUGAGGGCAAUUUCCAAGUACAAGCCCCAGUAGGGCUUAUAUUUGGAGGGGCAAUUUAGCAGAGGGUUUUUUUUGUGUUAUGAGUUUGGGGGCUUACAUUUGGAGGGGCUUAUUUUCGGAGUUUUAUGGUAGAUUCUGUCCUCUCAAAUUCCAUUGGUAACCUUGAGUUUUUAUACUAAUAUUUGGCAAAUUGUCAGGCUUGAGGUUCUUAAUCUGUGUUGUUUUUUUAUACACAGUAGAACCCCAAACCCCAUAACUCGCACUAGGUCCAAUAUCCCUUGGAUUUCACCCAGCUUUUCAGACAUUUUUUCUUGGUUAACUUGAACUCGGAUAAGUCAAAUUCCCCACUAACUUGAAUGAAAUCUCCUUUCCUUUCCCUUUCAGCAGUCAACACUACAGCAAUUUGAUUAUAAUUCGUGAAGCUAACGGAUCCCAUUUUAUCACUAAAACUGGUUAAUCAUUUUACCGUUUCUCAUGAAAUAAGUUAUAUUCGCUCUGCCCUAUACACUGAUGUGCUGAAAAAUCAGUAACUAUCAAUUAUUUUUACAUGGCAAAUUGAAGUUUGCAAUCAAACCCAAUAACUCUGUAUCUUUGUACUUGAUAAAAAGCUAGUCUGAAAUGCCAGUUGUCUCCUCCCCCUAACCUGUGGAGGGCGCAGGGAAGAGAGAUGUUUGAAUUCCGGGCAUUACAAUGUUAUCUUGUGAAAGGUAUUUCCUGAUUGGCCAUUACAUUUCCGAAAUAGAAAACCUUUUAAUUAUUGGGUAAGAAAAAAAUCAGGUUUGAAAUAGUAUCAACAGACUUAACAUGACUCAUAAUAAAUUGCUUGUGAUAGUGUGAAAUGUGACCUUAGAAUUAGCCUCGCUUCACUAAGUAAAGACUUUACCAUAGUAGCAACUGACGAGGAAUGCUUUCAUUCCAAUGCACUCCCAGUACAGUCAUAGAGACUAUUAAGCUAAAUCAAAAUUAAUUGCCAACAGAGGAACUGUAGGAAAUUGCUCUCCAGUCUAAAGACUCAGCUGAAAGACUCGCUUCUCUCAAGAAAAACAAAAUAGACCAUAUGAGUGCCUAAAGAAUGGUCUUGACAGGCUCACAUCACAAUUCUCCUUAGUUAGUGUAGCUCCAGUUCAUUUAGCUACAAUUAAGAUCUGAGGUUCACUUACCCGUAAGAAUUCAACUUAAGAGCUUGGUCUAGCGUCAGAACGCUGUAGCAGAAUAUCAUCAUCACAUUUAUGAAAAAAAACUACAUGCUUUCAGCUUUUCAGGUACUUUGGGGAAAACCAACUAAAGUAAAAUCUUUAUUGAAAGGGUAUGUAGUUGCAAUAAAAAGCUUAAGACUUCAACAGAGGUUAAAGAAAAUCAGUACUAAACUACAUCUGUGAUCAAAUCCUGUCAGACCCACGGGAAAUAUAUGCAUGAAACUGUGAGACCAGCUUUAUAACCUCUAAAUGUUAGACUUAAAGCAGCAAAAGUAAGAUUUGUUCAGUUAGAGUUAGGAAGACUCCGUGUACUGUAUAACCUAAGUGAAAGAAAGAAAAAGGGAAAACCUCUGAAGUUCAAGCAAACUCUAAGGUCACAUUUAUAACUAUCACGAGCUUAUGAGUCGUGUUUAUCCUGUAAACACUUCAUUUUAAACGUGAAAAGUUAAACGCCUCUUUUCAUUUAUUCUGGAGGCAAACAUUAUAAUGCUUGGAAGUCAGGCAUCCCCCCCCCCACCAGGCCCCUCAUGGGUUAGUGGAAGACAACUGACAUUUCAGACUAAUAAAAAGCCAAAAUUCUGCAAAUUUCAAAAUUCGCUUCAAUAUUCCAAAAACGUAACAAAAAACAACAAAAUUUUAUUGUUCUAAUUUACAUAAAUGAUACCCUGAUGAGGAGGGGGGGGAGGGGAGGGGCUGUGCACAGCUCCCCCAAAAUAACUAUAAGGAUAUGUGCUGCUCAAGGGGAUCUUGAUUUAGGGUGACCUUCUGAUUUACCUAUUUUAGUUGAUUAGUAGCCUUGUAACUGAAAAACCCCUUUAGGGAGUUGCAAUAAAGUAUGUAUGUAUGUAUGUAUGUAUGUAUGUAUGUAUGUAUGUAUGUAUGUAUGUAUGUAUUGAACACUUUUCCUAGAUAAGGAUAUACAAAACCUUUAGAAGAGGAAUUGCUGAGAACAGGUUAAAAUUGGCCUUUUUCUUCCAUGGAUUCUAAAGGUCAUGACUGUAGGUUGGAACUGGUCGACCUAUUUUGUUCGUUUAUGCUUCAUUGUAAUAAUUAUGAUUGAUGGAAGGAAAAAAAGUAACCUUUCACUAUAAACAACAAAAUCAAGGCUUCAUGACCAGCAGUUCAAUUUCCAAGCCUUUUAAGUUACAACCCCAGAUUACAUGGUCUAGUGAUAAAUUAUCCUGUCUUGGAAACUUUUUUUUUUAAAUUUUGUGCUUUGAGCAGCUUGUAGGUCUCCUAAAACCUGCUAAUUGGCUCAGACAGCAUUCUGAGAAGGUAUUGUUAGUUUCCUGUAAUCCAAUUGGUUAGUUUUGUUUACGUGGCCCUGGUUACAAUGAUAAUAUUGUCACCUUGAAACAACCAAAUAUUGAAUGAAUUCUUAUCAAACAGGGUCUCACUGUGACUCAAAUCAAACAUAUCCGAACACUGAUUGAUGGAAAUAUAGCAAAGUGUAAUGAGGAAGUCAUACAAGUGGAGCAGCUUAGAAAUGAGAGGCUAUUUGAGGUUGGAAACCUUCUUCAUGAGUCUGUUCCUGUCAGCAAUGAUGAGGUAUUUUAGGGCUAUGCUAGGAAAUGUAUUGUGCAUAUAGUGGAAAUUGUGCAUUAAUUUUGUCUGUUUGGAAAGAAGGAAACAGUGUCACCUUGUGUCCUUAAAUAAACUUGCAACGUGGGCUAAAUAAUGAAAGAAUUAAGAGAGAACAAUCUUUAUGAAAAUACUUUGUUCAAAUUUGUUUGGAUUGAUUUUACAGAGUUUUAUUUAGGUAGAUUUAGCAUGAUUUGUCAUUCACUGGGUUAAAACUUGAAGAGUUUGAGGUUUUUUACUAAUAGAACAAAAAAAAUUAAAAAUUUAAAAAUUAAAAAAAAAAUUAAAAGAAAGUAGGUGUUAUGUGGCAUGGCCAAAGUGGUUGUUGCAGGAAAUUGCUCAAGUUGCAUGCAUUGUUUGUGCUCAACUCUUAGCAGAUGACUGCAGAUCUUUUUAUGUAAAUCCUUGUUUCUACCUUGCUGCACUCAGUCCCAAUCUAUAUGGAUCAACCUUUGCUUUAUGCAUGUUAAUAAUAAAUUACAUGCAGUUUGCUCACUAAUUUCCUUUGCAGCUACUCAGGCCAGAGUCACACAAUGCUCCCUGGUGCCACGUGGCUGCUUCCUUUCCCAGAAUAGAGCCAAUCAAACUGCGGCUUUCAUUUUCCUGUGAAUUCUCACACCAGAAAUGCCUUCCAAUCACUUUGAUCCUUUUAUUUGACCAGAUGGUGGUGUCUUUGGCAGAUUUCUACUCUUUUUAGCAUGGAAAUUUGGUAUACAGGCUUUUAAUUCACAUCAGAAAUUAGCAAUUGCAUAAUUAAUUGAAAGAAAAAAAUGACAUUUUCAUUAAUUUUGCCAACUGGCUCUGAAAAUCUCUAAUUUUCAAGCAUUGCUGCAAGUUAUCAACCACACAUCAUAUCGUAUCCUGCAAACAACACUUGGGGCUGGGCCUAGUGUCAAAACACAGCAGGAAAUCUUUACAUUCACGGAUAAAAAAACUACAUGUAUGUAGGUAUUCUGUUCUAGAAACUAAAACCACACAUCAUGUCGUAUCCUGCAAACAACACUUUGAGCUGGACCUAGUGUCAAAACAUAGCAGGCAAUCUUUACAUCCAUGGAUAAAAAAACUACACGUAUGUAGGUAUUCUGUUCUAAGCAUUUCGGAGAAAACCUAAGAAACUAAAAUCUUUAAUGAAAGGCUAUUUAGCUGCAAUAAGACUAAAAGCUCAAGGCUUUAAGACAGGUCAAAGAAAAUCAGUGCUUAACUGCAACUGAGAUCAAAUCCUGUCGGGAAAAAUCCACAGAAACGUAAACCACAGGGACGAAACUGACCAGCUUCAUGACCUCUAUUAAAAUGUCAGUGAGACUCAGAGUGACCAAGGUUAGAUUUUCUCAGUCAAAUUUUUAUCAUAAAUCUCCAUGUACUGCAUCACGUACAUGCUGGAAAGAAAACAAUUAGAGAAUGAAAAACCUCCGUUAUUUUAAUUAGCAAACCAUCCAAGGUCAUGUUUUACUCUAUCUUGAGCUUAAGAGUCAUGUUUAGCCUGUCAACAUAUAACUAAACGAGGCGCUCAUCGGUCUGGGUAGACUAAACCGCAAAACAGUGGGAAAGGAAAGUACAUUAGUUUGAAGCAGCCAUGUGGGGUUGGGGAGCAUUGCAUGACUCUGGACCAAGCAGCUGGGAAGGAGACUGUUUGCUCAGAAGUUAACUCAGAAAUCUUAUGACAAAACUUGAGCUUGUUGCCCAUCUAGAAUAGCUCCGCUAAUUGUGGGUAACAUAGACCUAACUCAUUUGACAAUUGAAUAAACUGUUGCUGUUGCUGUUGCUGUUGAUAAUAGAGGAUAGAAAAUGGGAUGAUCGGUGGCAGAUCAGUAGCCUGACUGCUCGCAGGGUAAUCUUUAAUGUGCCAUUUCUUACUCCUUUGGUGGAACUACCACUAGGCUGAAGCCUGGUAAGAACACUGGUUGUGACUAGCUAGAUCAUAUCACAGUACAGAAUAAAAAGGAAGUUCUCAUACUCUUUGGCAUUAGGCAUCAUUGUUAGGAUAGUACUGACAUUUUCAUGUUUUCUUAUGUAAUGUUUUCAUGACUCUCAUAAUAUGACAUUUUUGCUACAGGAGGAUAACAGAGUAGAGAGAACUUGGGGUGACAGUUCAGUGAGAAAGAAGUAUUCACAUGUUGAUCUGGCUUACAUGGUGGACGGAGUUGAUACAGAGCGUGGUGCCAAUGUAGCUGGUAGCAGAGGAUACUUUCUCAAAGUAAGUUUUACAAUAAUUAUUCUUUUGCCAUGAAACUUAAUGUACAAAAAAAAAGAAUAACAUUUUGACCAUCCAAUGUUCAUUGUCAAGUUCAGAAGUAGAAGUUUAGCUUGUGCAAUUGUGAAAGGGUUUAUGAGAUACUGACUAAAGAACUCUGAAAUAUUUACAUAGAAGCAAUGCAAGAAAAUUACAGCGUGAAUGAUAAUGGAACGCUAAAACGAUGAAAGAUAUAUAAAAGUGAAAUAAUUAAAUAAUAAUUAAUAAUAAUAAAAUUAUAUUUAAAUUUAAUUAUUGUUAAAUAUAAUUAUCAUUAAAUAUUUAAUAAUUUAAAUUUCCCUUUUAAAUAUCUUUUAUCAUUUUUAUCAUUUUAGAGCACUGGAAUAUUACUGAUAAAGUCCAGGGUUCAGGGUUGACAUAUUCACUGAUCAGAACACUGAUAGUUUUUCACAUUUGUCCUUUGCUGUGAUUCUUUUGAAUUUGUGAUUUUAUCAAAAGCAAAUAUUUGUUGUUUCUGUGAUAGUGAUAAAAAAUUGCCAGCACAAACACACAUGCCUCAUACCAGUGAGCAUAGUCUUGGCAACUUAGCUAAGGGAAUGAUUUUCUUGGGGAUCACAGGGUUUGAUUCACAGUCUCAUCAUGUCCAAUUAUUGUCUUGUGGUGAUACUUGUACAUUACAACUUCACGCCGAUUUAAGUGUGUGUUUCAGAAAUGGGCAUAACCGCUGGAUUUUGUACCCUGAAGGCUCAAUUUAUUCCUCCGGACUUUCUCUUCGAGAGUGCUCGUUUUGACUCGGUUCAAAGAAGGUGAGAUUUUAUGGCGGAAGGCUCAGAAGCGAAUUCAAAGUAAUUGAACAAUGGCUUAAUUAAGCUGCCCAGGGCCGCGAAGUUUUAAAGGUAUCCUUUUGUUCUAAAUGUGUNACAAACACACAUGCCUCAUACCAGUGAGCAUAGUCUUGGCAACUUAGCUAAGGGAAUGAUUUUCUUGGGGAUCACAGGGUUUGAUUCACAGUCUCAUCAUGUCCAAUUAUUGUCUUGUGGUGAUACUUGUACAUUACAACUUCACGCCGAUUUAAGUGUGUGUUUCAGAAAUGGGCAUAACCGCUGGAUUUUGUACCCUGAAGGCUCAAUUUAUUCCUCCGGACUUUCUCUUCGAGAGUGCUCGUUUUGACUCGGUUCAAAGAAGGUGAGAUUUUAUGGCGGAAGGCUCAGAAGCGAAUUCAAAGUAAUUGAACAAUGGCUUAAUUAAGCUGCCCAGGGCCGCGAAGUUUUAAAGGUAUCCUUUUGUUCUAAAUGUGUCAAUAAAACUGCAGAGAAUUAUCGCACAUAAUGCGGUAGAAGUUUAUGGAUUUAAGUCUUUCGCAAAACUUCAUCAUCUUGGAUACGUAUUUUUCAAAAAGGAGAGUUUUGAGAGCUUCAAAAAGAGAUCUUGAACAAGAAAUUUCGACCACUGUGGACCGAGAUUGGAUUUUUUUUUCAUGCCGAGGUUUCGAAGUACAAAGCAAGCCGCUGAAGCAUUUUUUCUCGCCUAUCGCUUAAUAAAAUCCGGCCAAGAGUUAUCCAUUCAUUCAAUUAUAACAGUCAUUUAAUUAUUUCUCCAGAGCAAUGAAACUAUACAAGCGUUUCUACAAAAAUAUUUCGAGGAAUUAUGAACUCCGCAAGUUUUGAUCUGUCGAUUAUUGCUCUUGUUUUGAUUUUAGAUAUUUCCUGUCUCACUCAACUACUCCGCGAAUCAGGUUGUCAUGCAAAUCGGUGAACCGACAACACGCGGUUACUUCGGGCCCCGCAGUCACGUAACUGAAACGCAAGGUUUUAUUCAACAACAAAAAAACUGAAAUGCAAGCGAAAACGUCCAAAAAAUUGAAAUUAAAUUAAAGUUAAAUGCAUUCACCGCUUGAGUUGUUUACAUUGUGGAGCGCCGGGGUAUGAUACUGAAUGAAUAAAACGUUGUAAUAAAUACCUUCCGCAGCAAUUCUUUAAACGCCAAAUUAUUUUCAAGGCAAGCGAGUAUUUAAUAAAAAAAAAAUACUAUAGGAGACCAGGUAUUUAUAAGCUUUAAUCAACUUCAAAUUUAUCAGGCUUGUUUCCUUUGUAACACGGUGCGUGACCGAAAAUAUGUUAUGCAACCAGAGUUGUCCGCCACGCUAAAAAGACUUGUAAGCGUUCCCACAGACUGCAGCAAAUUUAACAGGCAAGUCCGAGUAUUUUAAUGCGUAAAUUUAAUACUCAUCAAGUAACAAUGGGGAUUAAAAAGUUAAUCAAGCAACAAAAUUCGAAACAAAAGAGACAUAUCGCACCUAAAUCAAAGGAAUUCCGCUCGUGGAUUCUUCGGAAGGUAAUCGACAAUGGCAAGAACAAUAGCCUGAAUAUAUGAAUACUUAAUAACCCCAAAAUUUGGGGUACACACUUAAAUCGGCGUGAAGUUGUAAUGAUCAGUGGUGGUUAAAUAAUCAUUUAGUUGUGACUUUUCAAAUAAAAGAUAUGGCAGUACAUUUUAAAAGUCUGAUUCAUAUUACAGACUGUGAAUGAAAUCCUGAAGUUUUCAAAGGAAGCUGAUGUGAGCAGCACUUGUCUAUGAUCUGUUUGUGCUGUAGCUUGGGAACAAAAUUCUUUAGUGUUGUUACUGGCUUUGUGGAACCUCUGUGUUACAGGGUUCGUACAGGUCAUGGAAAGCCUGGAAAGUCACGAAAUUUAAGAAUUUCAUUUUCAAGGCAUUGAAAGUCGUGGAAUGUAAUUAUCGGUCCUUGAAAGUCAUGCAGAUGGCAAAGCAAGGAUAAUGCAAGAUAAAGAGGAGUAGUUAAACAGCAUGAACAGCACACAUUUUGGUGGAUAGCAGAGUUUGUUUCUGUUGAACUGUUCAAGGUAAAAAAUAUAUGCUAAAACAAGUAAAGUUUUGAAAAUUUUCGAAAAUGACAUCUAAACCUAAGGUGGUGGAAAACUAAAAAUGUCAUGGAAAAAGUCAUGGAAAGCUAUGAAAUUUGAAGAACUUAAAAGAGUAAGAACCAUGUGUUACCUCAACACAAAAUAAUCAGUGUUAAUGAUUUUUUCCUUUAGGGGCCACUUGUCUUCCUUGAACAUGCUCUGAUCCAGUUGGCAACACGCAUGUUGCACAAGAAAGGAUUUGUUCCUCUUUAUACGCCAUUUUUCAUGAGGAAGGAAGCCAUGCAAGAAGUUGCUCAGCUUAGUCAGUUUGAUGAGGAGUUGUACAAGGUCUGUAUCAGAUAACUAGAAUAAUCAUUUUGUUUCUGUAGCUAGAGUCUGGCAUGUAGGAAUGUAUGCACUGUCCCCAUUACUUUCAAAUUUUUGGAAAAAAAAUUAGAUGUAUUCACUUAAGAUGCAGUCAACACACUAUGAAUAAAAAUACUGCAUUAACCUGCACAGCUGGUCUAUAAAACUGCAGUGUGGGUUUGAGACAGGCAAACAACACAGACAUGUUUUGCACUUUUGAAUGGUAUGCAUGUAUGUUUUUUGUUUUUUUCUUGAAGAACACACUCAAAAGUGUAUUUUCUUUGUUACUUGGCCAUUGUCAUAAUUUUUUUAAGGUUUUUUUUUUAUAAUCAAAGAACAUCACUGCCCAUCACAUAUGAUUAAAUUUAAGGUUCUCAGUGAUUAAAUUAGAAGCCUAUCAAUAGUUUAUUUUUCUUGUCUUGGAUUAGGGUAAUGUUUCUGGAACAACAAAAACAACAACAACAAGAAAUUGGUCAAGUUGAACCAGUAGAUUUACCAAAAAAACAUGGUUACCUACACUUACCUUUAGUUAUUCCAUGGUUAAUUCAACUUAAUCUUGAGUCCUUUUGUUAAGGGAUCAGUACAAUGUGCUUUCAGGUGAUAGGCAAAGGUGCUGACGAGGCUGGUUAUGAAGAAAGAUAUCUCAUUGCUACUAGUGAACAACCAAUUGCAGCAUUUCAUCGUGAUGAGUGGUUAGCUGCUAAUGAGCUGCCCAAGAAAUAUGCAGGCUUCUCAACAUGUUUCAGACAGGAAGCAGGCUCACAUGGACGAGACACUCGUGGUAUUUUUAGGGUUCACCAGUUUGAAAAGGUUGGUCAGGUUUUGUGUAAUACAGUAGAACCUCUCAUAAGCAACCACCCAAAAUGCCAAGGCUCAGCUAGCUUUAAAAGGUGGUUAUUAGCAAAAUGUCCAGGAGUAAAUGGGUUUCAGCAGUAACCUACUCUUAGGCCUGGUUCAGACACGAAACUUUUCAUGAGCUGAACAGCCUAAUUCGAAUAAAGGCCAACCCAAAUUAUAAAGACCGGCUGAAUUGAUUCAGACGCUGAUCUUAAUUGCAGCUGAACUAAGAUCAAAAGGCGACAAAUGCUCAUUUUGGUCAAACUGCUUACAAAAUACGUUAUAAUAAUUUAUGCAUUAGGUUCAGUACAUGAAAAGUUUGGUGCCUGAAUCAAAGCCGUUCCAAAGUCACUCCAAGGGCGAAAUUCCCAGCCGGACUAGGUGAAAAGAACGGCUGAGCAGUUCCAAAUUGAAACAGGCAUCCCUAAUUGAUUCAGACACCAAACUUUUCAUGUACUUAAUUCAAUGUAUUAGGUUCGGCUCAUGAAAAGUUUGGCGUCUAAACCGGGCCUUAGAUUCAUUUGUAUUACUUCCAAUGAUAGACAAUAAAUACUUGAUUGUUUUUUUAAAUUGACACUUGCUGCCAGCUGGUUGCUGCACAUUAAUGUCUUUAAUUCAGCUGCUCCAUAUUUAAGAGAAAUAUUUUGUAACUGUGGAUUGUCUUCUUAUAGAUAGAGCAGUUUGUGAUCUGUUCUCCUCAUGACAACACUUCCUGGCAGCUUUUCCAUGAGAUGAUUGCCAAUGCUGAAGAGUUCAACCAAGCACUUGGGCUUCCAUACAGAAUAGUUAAUAUUGUGUCUGGUGAGUCACAUCAAAGAAAUCUUUUAUGAUCCAGCAAAUUAAUAAAUAAAUAUAUGUGCUUAUAGUGAUAUGUAUUUUGGGCAAAUCACUUUGUCUUCAUCAUCCUGUUGUGGGGCUGGUAAGGGGACUAGUAAGCCCUGUUAUGGUAAAAUUUUGAACCAGUGACAUGGCUUUUAAACGUUGUCAAAAGACAGAUGAAAUGCCAGUAAGCGACAUGGACAUUCACAAAUUCAAUAGUAAAAUACCAACAGGGACAUACAUACAGACAUGGCCUCCUCCUCAAUACCCGGGGAGGAGACUUCCAUAUGAAAGGGGCAGGGAUGCUCGUCAGGAAUUUUGAAUUAAGCCCCUAAAGGAGACCAAUUUAUGUGUGGCCCAACCUUUUUUUUGACCCCUAAAAGAGAUCAUUUUAAACGAGUUGAAAAUACAUAACUUUUUUAUAUUUCUUCACAUGCAAUGCUAAAAGAGACCUUUACUUCUAAAUAUAAUGGCGUUUUGAACAGAGCACCCUAAGUGAGACCAAAAUCCUAAACUUACACCCGUUCUUGAAAUUUGUUUGUCUGAAGCUGUACCAUGUACUAACCCGCAUUUCAUUACUGCUAAUAUGUAUCCAAAGUGUGGAAUUAAGUGCUAAUUUUGCAACAAUAUCUUUAAGGAUGAUCUGGAAUUCUUUAUUGGUAUAAUCUUGGAUAAGGGUUGUUAUCAUUAUUGUUCCUGUACCCUCUUUCAAAUCAUGCUUUUACAUCGUAUAAGUGUCUAUUGUUAUUACACUGUUUUGUAGACAUUAUUAGGAAGUUGAUUGCAUCUAUAAAUAAUGGUGGUUACAUUUGACUGACAGGUGAACUCAACAAUGCAGCAGCAAUGAAGUAUGAUCUGGAGGCGUGGUUUCCUGGAAGUGGGGCUUUCCGUGAGUUGGUGUCCUGUUCGAAUUGCACAGAUUACCAAGCAAGAAGACUAAAAGUUCGCUUUGGUCAGACAAAGAAGAUGGGAGAAGGGGUAUGGCAUUAAUUUCUUUUCUUUGCUUCCUUGACGAUUCCUUCAUAAAAUAAUUAGCAUGUUUCUCUCAAAUUCCAUCUUCCCAGAAACCAAUACUAUUGUCACUUCAGCUUCAGUUUUUUUGUUUGGUACAUUUGUUACCUUUUAGAUAAUGCUCAAACAGAUGUCUGUUUUUGGUAGCGAAAGGUGUAAAUGGCAGGUUGCAGUUUACAGGUUGGAGGUUGCAGGUCAGAAUUUCAGAUACGGUCACGCAAAAACCUGAAGUGGCGAAAAAAGGGCUCACAUUCCUUUUUAAUCCCAGACCACCCCCAAGCUCCUGAAAUAAUAGAAAAAAAGACUUAACCGUACUUUAAAGACCACCACAGAUGAGGUCCCCUAGGUGUUGGCAUGAAAAAAAAACAACAACAACAAAACAAAACGGAAAUGUCACGUACAAAAACUCCCAAAAAAACUCCCAGAAGUACCUUAAAAGAGCACCCCGUGAAAUUUAUAUAAACCAACCCAUCAAUGCCGAGAAGACCGUCAUCCGUUGUCUGCGAUCGUAUUUCGGGAUGUGCCCUUUAUAGUUCCAUUUCAGGGGUUCAGGGAACGCCUAAGAACAAAUUCUAGGGCUCGAGAAGGCAUAAAAGCACUAUUUUGGCCAACCGCGUUCCCAGGGUUCUCUCCUACCCGUCUCUCUCGCUCCGUAGGGACGAGUAGGAAAGAGAACCUGGGAACGAGAUUGUAUUUUGACCCACUUCCAGUUCUUAUGGACACUUCCGGUCUCGGUGUGACCUUGUGAAACGCGGAAAUUUUGAUCUGCAACCUGCAACCCACAACGUAACCUGCGAUCAGGUUUUUUUCCUUCUUCGUUUUACAAGAAAGAGAGUAUAGGGAGAGCAUGAUCGCAGAGUACCCGCAACCUGCAAACUGCAAUUUACACCCUCCGUCUAAGUAGCUUAUGUCGAAAAAAUCAGCAGUUUCUUAUUUCGGAACAAGAUUCAUAGCGUUUUGGUCCACAGUGUCAAAAGGAUUAGUCGCAGUUUUAUUAGGAGUCAUCUGUGUUGUUCCGGGCCAAAAACCAACUCAGUUACCCUUUCACUUCGAUUUCUUUUCUUUUCCUUUCUUACAGACGGAAUAUGUUCACAUGUUAAACGCUACAAUGUGUGCUGUGUCAAGAACCAUUUGUGCGCUCCUCGAGAAUUACCAAACAGAAGAAGGAAUAGCUCUUCCUUCUGUCCUUAAACCACUUCUUCCCGAGGGUUUGGAUUUUCUUAAAUUUGUCAAAUCCGCACCGAUUGAGGAAAAACCAGAAGCUAAGAAGCAAAAAAAGAAGACAAAGAACAAACAAGGCGCUCAAAGUGAUACAUGUUUAGAAGCUAAAAUGGAAACUAUGGAUGUCAGCAAAGAAUGAAUCAAGACCAGACUCGUACUUGUUAAUUGAAUCUGUGAUCGGUGUGAUCCGAUACGUUAUGGGAAUAAAUUCGUUGUCGCUGUAGCUUUGAUUAUAAAAAUAGUCGAAGUAAAAAGUUAUAAAUAGCACUCUAUUAAGCCUCUUUAAGCUUUGAGUAGGAGAAAGGAAAUGCGUAAUCUUCGUCGCCGAAGCUUGCGCCCUUCUAAAAGGAACUGUUCUCCGCGUUCGCGUGUUUUUCUUCUUUCAGAGCAAAAUGACUUGACUGUUUUAGUUCUAUAGACAAGUGUAUUUACCGUGAUAUGGUAUAAUUUUCAUGGCUAUAAGUAUAUAGGUAAAUAUGAGGAGCUAAACGAUGAAGUGAACCACGGUGAGAGAGGUAGGAGUCAAUUAGAGAAUGCGUGCGUACUUUUCGCUUACGUUUGGUCUUGCUUGGCCCGCAACACGGGGCAUCGUAUCUAGAAAUUGUUGUCUUGAUCUAUCAACUUUCACCAGGACAAACGAAUUGUCCCAAGUUUCUGUUUCUCAUGAGUAGAAGUCUGAAUAAAGUAGCACAGCACUCUCUCAAGUCUUGUUUGACUUUAAAACAAGAAACGCGCGAGACUUUUGUUCUCAGUUAUGCGGUUUACUUUACGGUUUAUCAUAUUAAUGUAUUGAGCAGACUAAACCAUUAGUGGAGCCUUGACUUGGAAAUCACUACAUUAGAGGGUGAUGUAGGGUGGCUGCUGAAUAGAGGCACGUCAGAAGUUAGCGGCAUAUCCUUUAGCCAAAACUUCACUUCACUUUAUGGAGCUUCUGACAACUUUCACUCAACAAAACUACUAGAGUAUAUCCUAACAAACAAGCAGAUUCUCCUCAAACUGUCGUGGUGAGGUUUUGCCAACUUUGCACAAACAAUACUUCUGUUUAUACUAUGGCGUAAACUUGAUAAUGCAUCGGACUAAGGCGGCGAUGUCUGUAAUAGCCUAUGCCAGGCUCUCAGAUAGUAUAGUGCGGACGUAUUAAAGCGAGCAAAGCAAGCGCGACCUUGGAAAGGGGGCGGUGACGGCGAGAAAAUGGGAGAGAGACGACGCCCUGUCUCUCCCCAGCUCCCGCGCGUUUUCGCAUUUCUUUUUACUGACCGAC